AUGCAGGACCUGGCAAGCAGUGAUCAGUUCUACGCCGAUGUCUUCCGGACACAGGAGGCCGAGCUAAUGAAGGUCCAGGAGAUUGCCCGGAGCUUCGAGGUUAAGCCAGGCCGCCUGGGAAAGGCUGCCCGCAAGAAGGCCGGCCUGGAGCGGAAGAAGUGCCGCGGCAAAGCAAAGCGGGAGGACAGCAACGCUCAGCAUGCGCUUGCCGACGAGGUGUUCGAGGAGGAGGUUCUUGCGACGGAGAAUGAGGAGGUGAUGGAUUUCGAAGUAGAAAACUCUACCGAGGAUGUCGCCGAGGCAAUCAAGCACAUGGGCGACCUGGUAGAGAAAAUGGUUGCGGAAGCCGAGCGCAAGGCGGAGCUUGCCCUGGAGGACUGGGUUCGUUUAGAGAAAUUCAAUUUAAGUUACCAUAAAUAG